AACAAGUGCGAGCUUGUCAAGUUUGGUCUUUUCCGAUUGUAUAGUUAAUUUUGUUGUUAAUUAUUUAAUUUACAAUAUAAAUGGCUCCUAGUUGAAUGGUUUAAAUAUUUUAAAAUAAUAAAACCAUGGAAUUCCAUUAUACCGAUCUUGGUAUGCAAUCGGAACAUAUAAUGGAAGAUCAAUUCCAAACAAAAUAUUCACAACCAUAUAUUCUGCGAAACCAAGAGGCAGAAUAUGAGGUUCGAAGUACAGUACUUGUUGAUGGUGGUGACCGUUAUGGUGUGUCAGCCUCUGUCUUUGACAAGUAUGAGGAAUUGGUAUGGAUGGGUAAUCAAGGGGGGCAUGUUACAUCUUAUUAUGGACCAAACUUGCAAAAAUAUACAUCAUUCCAAAUCCAUCAAACAGAAGAAGUAAGAGAUAUACUGACAUUAGAAAAAGGUAUAUAUUGUCUCACUAAAACAAGUUUAAGACACCAAAUAAGAAGAGGCAUACCUCAGCACACACAUAAAUCCUCAAAUAUGAUGGACAUGCAAUGUCUUUUUCAAGUAAACUCGCACAAGUUUUUGAUAGGUGGACACCAAGACAAACUCCUAGAAUUAGAUAUCAACAAGAUGACUGAGACUGUGAUAAAAGUACCAGCAGAUGGCUGUGCUGUACUACGGAGUGGAGGCGGCUCAUUAGUUGCAUGCGGCAGCGCCAAUGGCAUGGUGUCAUUACGAGAUAUACGAAAUCCCGGUAAAGCGGAGCAUACGUUCAGAGCACACUCAGCCUGUCUCUCCGACUUGGACAUGCAGGGAAAUCAUUUAAUUACAUGUGGAUUUACUCAAUCAGCUACCGUAGCAGUACCGGAACCUUAUGUAUUAGUAUGGGAUGUAAGAAGAGUUAAAGGCAAAGCAGCUUGGUCAAUACCAACUGUGUCUCCACCCUUGUUAUUACACUUUGUACCAGCUGUGUCCGGACGGGCUGUGGCAUUGGCUGGGGAUGGACAUGUUACUUUAUUUCAUGUCAAUGAAGCCCAUGAAUCUGAGUACCAAUCUGUAUUUCAGGUGAAUACUCAAACUUCUCAAUGUAGUGUUAUGGACGUGUCUUCCACUAGUCAAGCUCUCGUAUUUGGCGAUCAGUCGGGACAUCUUCAUCUAUUCUCGGCUCAGCAUAACCAUGAACCACACUUUAAUAACUUUUCUAGGGCAACUGAAUUUGCAGACCCAGCACCAGAACUUCCAGUUGUCGGUUUUAACGACACCACAUUCCAAUUCUCAACCGUACCAUUGUCUCCUCUUGCAUCCGGCUCGAGGUGGUUCAACGAGUUGCCUCCGGACUUCUUUAAAAAAAUAUACAGAAAGCCAAAGCCAAUCGAUCCGGAAGUAUUAAAAACAAUGAAGAUGCAAGGUCCAAUCGGUUACGCGCCGAAUCCAAAGACUCAUAGACGAAAUGAGAUGCCGUAUGUCGAAGACAACCUAGAUAAUGUAAAGAAGAACGACGCUAGUAUUAGUAUACAACCUAUACCGAGACAUUAUUUAAAAAUAGAAAUUCGAUUCAAUAAAUUGUUGCCAAGUGACGAAGACAUUAUAGUAAAUAAAACUGGCUUUCCAGGCUUAGAAUCGACUAUGCCUAAUUCAUACUGCAAUGCAAUGUUACAGGUACUAUAUUACAUUCCACCACUGAAAGCUACACUACUGGCGCACACAUGCGCAAAGGAAUUUUGUCUCAGUUGUGAAUUGGGCUUCCUGUUCCGCACGCUGGACACGUCGGGCGGCGCGCCGUGCCAGGCGAGCAACUUCCUGCGCGCCUUCCGCACCGUGCCCGAGGCCGCCGCGCUCGGCCUCAUCCUGCCCGAGCGCGCCGAGCCGCGCGCCGACCUCGUCACGCUCAUACAGAGUUGGAACCGCUUCAUUCUCCACCAGAUACAUUACGAAAUACUAGAAACACGUAAAAAAGAAAAGGAACUGACUUUCCUAGCACAAAAAACGACUCCUCCCAAACCUCGAGUUAAUAAUACUAGGCAAAUGAACGGACAGUACGAGUAUCAGUAUAAUAACGAUCUUGAGUUCUUGGGACCUUCGGAAUACGAAGACGAGUUGGACGAGGAGCAGUGGCGUAAUAAUCACGAUGAGGGUACGGCCGUAACGAAUCACGUUCAAAACGAAAGUAACGAUUUACCGAAUAAGCAGCAAGCUGAUAACGAGGAGUCCGAGAUAUCGCAACUAUUCGCUAUUGGUCGGCAACAAGUCAACAAAUGCAUGAAGUGCAAUAAAGAGGAGGAGCGCGUGUCGGCGGCGCUGGCGUGCGCGCUGGCGUACGCGUGCGAGGCGCGCGGCGGGUUCGCGGAGCUGGUGCGCGCGUCGCUGUGCGCGCGCCGCACCACGCCCGCCUGGUGCGAGCGCUGCGCGCGCUUCACGCCCACCACGCAGCACGGCCGCAUACUCAGAUUGCCACCAAUCUUAGCAAUCAAUUGCGGCGGUGUGACCGCACAUGAAAAGGCUUAUUGGGCGAAGGGUAUCCAAAAGGAUGUGCCUGAAGCAUCAAAAAGAGCUGGAAUCAGUAAGCCGUGUCGUUAUGGCUUACACUGUGCAAGACCUGGCUGUCGGUUUAAACAUCCGGAGAGGUCAAUAUUAGCACCGCAAUGUCAUUCUCUAAAGAGUUCAACACAAGAAAGCAACUGUGUGUUGCCGCAUCAAUUACACAUUCGACUGCAAUCCGAUGGCGAAGUUAUCAUAAAUGACAAGACUGAUUCAUCGACAGACCGACUACCGGAUAUUAACAAGCAUAAGAAGAAACCCGUCACCAUGAGAUCGGAACAGGACUACCACUUAUCCGCGGUGGUCGUGUGUGUGGAAGACAAUCCUAAGAAUUUAGUGUCGUACGUUCGGAUACCGGAUAAAAAGGACGAAGCUAGGUGGUUCUUGUUCAACGACUUGAGCAUAGUCCAAGUGAGUCCGGACGAAGUUGUCCAGUUCAGUAACUGGUGGAAGUCUCCGUGCGUCCUGUUCUACACGAGCUCGCGGGUGAUGCUUCCUAGCGACACUGCAACCUCAUAGCCGAUGCUUAUGUAUGGGCCGAACAAUCAGGGAUGCAAUGGCCCAUACGAAAUGAACGGUAUCAACUACGAAUUACCAGCCGAAGAGACCUACUUAAUACGAUGAGCAUAUUAUAUAAAGUCUGACAGAAACUAAUAGUACGAAAUGUUAAGAAUAUUCUGGAAGUAGGUUAGUAGAUUAUUAAGUAAUUACUAGCAAAAUGGAGUAUAGCUUUUGAGGUAAUAGUUAUAUAGAUAUUAUAUUUAUAUAGUUUUAAAAUGAAUACGAAGCCGCGAUUGGACGAUUUAGCCGAAAACAUUUUUAUACAUGUUCGCAAUUGGUUACGGAGUUAUUAAAUAUUGUGUUUGUUAAGGUGAUAUUUUUAUAAGUACAUGAUCUGUGUUGGCUGAUUUGUAACAUACUUACUCACCGUCCAAAGGUUUUUUUAUGAACAAAAAAUAUUUUUUAUAAGUUUAUUAAUUAUAAUGACCCUUAAAUUAAAAUUAAAAUCAAUUUCGGCAAAAUUAUGAGUAAAUAGAAAAUUACCAGACAAUUUUCUAUUAAGCGAUUUUUAUGUUCGUUAUUGUUCAUAAGGGCGGCACUACACUUGCCUAACCGUUGUCUCACAGUGAUAUCGCGUUGUUCGACCAAAUAUUUAGUCAAUCUCAAAUAUUCCAUACACGGGCUGAAUCUCAAAUAACUCAAAUAUAUCAAAGGAUUUGUUUAUUCACAAUUUAAUGAAAGUUAGAGCCGUGAGAUAUUGACUAAACUAAGGGUGGACGGUCAACGUGACUUUUGCCUUAUUCCUUUGAUGUUCCAUUUAAACACCGACAAUUAGACGGAAACAAAGAUUUGCGUUACAGUAUUUUUACAGAUGAAGCAAUUAUUUUAUGUGGCGGUAGAGCUUUGAACAACCCCAUUUCAGAAGGUACCACCCAGUCAUCACAUAUGCGACUGCUAAACAGCGAUACUCAGUUUGUUACGGUUUGAAGGGCGAAUGAGUCAGUUUAACUACAGACACAAGGGAUAUAAAAUCUUAGUUCCCAAUGUUGGUAGAUCAUUGGUGUAAUAAGGAAUGGAUAAUAUUUUUUCCGUCGCCUAUGUCUAUGGGGGAUGGUGACCACUUACCAUCAAGUGAUCCAUUUGUCCGUACACCUAAUUAAUAAUAAUCAAAUAUGUUAUGCAGACAAUAAAUACAAAUACGAGAACACGCUACGCGAACUUAAGUGCGUCGCCUAAUAAAUCCAGUUUCACAAAAAUGAAGCAUUCUCUAUACAUAACGAUAGAGCUUGACUUGGCGAAGUCAAAAGCACAUUAAAACGCACUAGUUUGAAUCGCACUUAAACGUUUUAUUUGAAUACUCCAUUUUGCUAGAUCGAAUAAAAAGUUACUCUGAGGUUAAACGGUUCGAAGAUGUUUUGUCGCGCUUCAGAACAUUUAUUUUGUAAGCAACUUGUCGUCUCGGUAUAUAUUUUUAUACGGUCAGAACGCCUUUUAUAUGAAGCAAUAAACAUUUUAUAUAAACAAUAUGUUUUAUACCGAUAAACCGAGUGAACGGCAUUUGCUAAAAUAAAUAUUUUUUUAUUAUACGACAUAUACUGUUUGCGUGUGACUAUUUCGCCUCGGAGCGCUGAAGGUUUUUUAAAUUAUCGGUAAGUGAGAGUUCCAUUAAUCUAAGGCACAAAGAAUGGUAAUAUUUUUAAAUAUAAAUUAUUUAACGUAGGCGAGCUAGAAUGCAUAAUUUUUUUUUUCUUUGUUAAAAAUAAUUGUUAUAUAUUAUUGCCACGCGUUUUCAAAUGAGUACUUAAAUACUUUUCUAUGUCUGUGUCCAAUGAAAAAUUGUGGUAUAUUUUUUUUUAAGAAUUGAUAAUUUAUCCAUUUUUUACCAAUGAACAUAUCUAAACGACAUUCUUAAUUAAACGACUACAAUUCAACAUUGAAUCUUCUGUCUCAUUCUAACGAAUUGGAUACUAUUUUUGAGAAGAAAGGAUGUCUAUACGUGAUUAAUGAUUAAAAACGAAGGAACAUUUUCUAGUAAUUGGCCUAAGAUACCAAAUUAGUUUAAAUGUCAAUUAAACAUUACCGACUUUACCUAUAAAUGUUGCUUUGGGUGUGAACGAAUUCUUUGUCUUCUUUUUUCGAACGCUAAAUCAAUGAUGACAGAAAGAGAUGUCAGUGUUUAACGAAACGCCACCUUAUCAACAUUUAUAAUGAAGGCCGUACAUUUCUGUUAGUACGAUAUGUUUAUGGAAUAUAUUUGUGUCCCCAUUAUCUUCGGUUGUGAUACCUCGAACCUUGCAUUUUUUUUUCAUCAACUGUUUCAGCUCACGGUACCCGCUUGUGCGCUAACAGUACAUUUUCAUGUUUAAAUUAUUUUCAACAUUUCCAUGGUGGCUGGUUA